UGUCCUGUGUUCUAUCGCUCUGUGUUAUUUCUCUUCUAUAUAACUAGGAAAUUGUUUGACUAAACAUUUUUGUUUUUUGGUUUUUUAAAUUUGUCGUGAUGAACCCAAUUUAGAUUCAUUAGAAAGUUCAGUUAUUAAUGCUGUGUUUGGUUAGAGAAUUUGAGAAGAAAUUUAAAAAGAGAAAUGAUAAAGAUAAGAAAAAUGUGAAUAAAAUAUACCUAUAUUUUACUUAGUUUCACACACCUUUUCUCUUUCCUUUUCAAAUCUCUCUCCAAAUUUCCCAACCAAACACACCAUAACUAAUUUUCAAAAUUUGUAUAGAAUACUUGCCUCUAUUUAUUGCAUUUCUUGCAUUUUUUUGACAGACAUGUGAAAGUUGUUCAAAUUUCUCAUUCAUCACCACCCAGUUGUUCGCUUUUUGAAUUAAUUCUUUCAAGAGCCCUUUUGUGGAGUCAAUGGGUGAAUCAAUGCAAGAUUUUUGCGAUGAGGAACAGCAGGCUCCCAGUUCAAAUUCCGUUGGGUGUGUUUCUUGUACUACUUUCAAUAUUCUAGCACCAAUUUACAAGCGAUUGAACGGUCAGAAUUGUGAGAGUGAAUUCCGGGAACUUUGGCUUAGUCGGAACGAGAGCAUACUGGAUAGGCUACUCACUUUGAGUUCCUCGAUUAUUUGUUUACAGGAAUUUUGGGUGCACAAUGAAGAACUUGUUACAAUGUACGAGAAGAGACUUGGGGAUGCCGGUUAUGUGACUUACAAACUUGCUCGUACAAAUAACAGGGGAGAUGGUACAUUGCCAAAUUUUUGUUCCGUCUACUUGGCUAGUAAUGUUGUUACUUUUUUGGGUCUACUUACAGCAGUGCACCAGAACCACUUCCAUGUGUUGAAUUACCAAGAAUGUCUAUUCAAUGACAUCGGUGAUCGUGUGGCGCAGCUUCUACACGUUGAGUUACUUGUUCAUUUUUCUGAAAACCAACUCACUAACACAAGGAAGGAAGUUCUUGUCAUGAAUACACACUUAAUUUUCCCCCAUGAUUCUAGUUAUUGCUUUGUCCGGUUAAAACAGGUAUACAAGAUGUUAAAGUACAUAGAUUCAUAUUGUCACGAAAAUGAGCUGCCACCCGUUCCUGUCAUUUUAUGCGGGGAUUGGAAUGGCAGUAAGAAGGGGAAUGUUUAUAAGUUUCUGCAAUCACAAGGUUUUGUCUCAUCCUAUGAUAUUGCUCAUCCUUACACAAACGAUGCUGAAGAUUUAUCUAAGUGGAUUAGCCAUCAUAACCACCGAGGCAAUGUAUGUGGAGUGGAUUUUAUUUUUCUCCACAACCCUAGCAACUAUCAAAGGCCAGUAAAAGAAAGCUUCAUGGAAGCAGUCCUUGGUAACAUCAAUGACUUGUCGCACAAAUUGUCAACAAAAGGCGUUGGCCCAUUACACUUUUUUGAAACCGAUAGCAGUCACAUCACAUAUUCUCAGUUCUCUCAUGCGCUCGCUGAGGUAUUUCCCAGUUCAUAUCUGAAGAAUCUUCCAAAUUUUUAAAACUUUUUUGUGUAA